AUGCCAGUUUUACAUAAUAGAAGUACGAUAAUCGAACGUAUCGCUAAAGCUCAUGGAUCUCAAUGUGGAUUUUGUACACCUGGAUUUGUAAUGUCAAUGUAUACACUACUUCGUAAUAAUUCUCAACCUACUGAAGAAGAUAUCGAAGACGCAUGUGAAAGUAAUUUAUGCCGUUGUACAGGAUACAGACCUAUAUUAGAUGGAUUUAAAUCUUUUUCCAAGAAUUACUGUUGCAAGAAAGAGCUACUAGAAGCUGAAACACAAGCCCAAGAGAACGAUUUAGAUUGCAAGUUAUAUAAGCUUUCAGAUCUCAUGGAUUAUGACCCCUCUCAAGAUAUAAUAUUUCCUCCAGAAUUAUUGCUAUUAAAAGACAAAUCAACAACAAGUCUAGAAAUUCACGGCAAGAAUAUUACAUGGUUUCGACCAUGUUCACUUGAUGAAUUACUAUCACUAAAGAGAGACUAUCCGAAAGCGAAGCUUGUCAUCGGAAAUACAGAAAUCGGUUGGUAUUGUGUAAUAUGUUAA